AUGAUUAAACGACUAAAAUUUAAUACAGAGUAGAUUAGAAGAGCAUCAUCUGUAUUAUAGAAAAUCGACCUGAGAAUGAGUUCAAAAGAUUUUUCUAAGUAUGUAAUCAUGAGAGUACAGUUAUCAAGACAUCAUAGAUAUAAUGAUUUUUAUACUUCUGAAGCCAUGUGAACUAAGAUCAUUAGCAGAUGUUGAACUUUUAAAGUAGGCUACAAGAUCUCUUGAUUUUUUUGCAAAUUUAGGUUCUGAUCUUUUACAUGAAUAAUGUUGUAGGAAUCUUAGACAUAAAUAUGUUCCAAUUGGAUAUUUUAUAUUUAAAGAAGGAGAAUAAGGAGACAAUUUUUAUUUUAUUAUAAGUGGUCGAGUAUAAGUAUUGAAGGAUUUCAAUCCAUCAGAUCCAUAAGCAUCAAUAUUUGAUAAUGAAAUAAAAUAAUUGUCAAAUUUUGAGACUUUUGGAGAAAGAGCUAUGGAUUCUGAUGCACUUAGAACAGCAUCUGUUAGAGCUAUUGAGAAUACACAUCUUGCAUAUUUGAAUAAGGAUAGUUAUUAAAUAAUAGCUAAGAGUGUUAAAAAUUAAUUAAAGAAAGCUUAUUUUGAAGAAUUUGCAAAUUUAGAUUUUUUUCAUAACUGGAGAUUUUAAGAUAUAAAAGUAUUUUAUGAUAGAGCAUAUGUAAAAAAAUACUCAAUGAAUGCCACUGUAUAUAAGGAAGGGGAUCCAUUAGAUUAUGUAUACAUAAUUAAAAAGGGGGAGUUUAAGAUAGUCAAAAUAAUAAAGACAUCAACCAUAGAUUUAAAUGAAAUGUUUAAAGGUGAUUUUGAGAAGAUUUUGUGUGGUAUGAGUACUCCAAGAACAUAUACAAUUUCAGAAAGAUUAGAAGCACGAUUUUAAAGAAAGAAAUAUGGUAAUUUAUAUUAUAUGGAGAAGAAAAAACCUGUAACAAUCAAAUAUAUAACUACUGGUUAAAUGUUUGGUGAAAUGGAAUUUUUAAUGCAAGUAAACUUAAUAUAUAAUUAAAGUAAAGAAUAAUAAUACAAGAACUCACUCAGUUUAUUCAGUUACAGAAUAAUCAGAACUUUAUAUGGUUAAAAGAGAAUAUUUUGAAACCAUUUUAGACAAGGUACCAUCUAUUAAAAAUGCAUUGAUUUAAUUGUCUGAAUAGAAGAAUAAUAAUUUUAUGAGAUAACUAUUAUAAUAUGAGAAACAUUUUAAUGAUUUGACUGAAGUAAAAAAAGACUUAGAGAGAAAUAUUAAUUUAGAUUUUUUAUAAUUAGGAAGUACUGAAAAACGAUUGCCUUCUCCAGUAUUAUAAUAAAUCAGAUCAACUUAACCUGUAGUUAAAAAAGUAGUGAAAAUACCCAAAAUUGAAAGGGAAGUUUAGAGGAUAGAAACAAAAAAGAAAUUUUUAAUGAGAAAAAGAAAAAAAAGUGCUUUUAAGAUACAUUAUAGUAAUUCUGAAAUGGAUGGCAGCUAAUAUAAUUUUAUUAGUUCGAUUAAAUGA